CCUCACUAAAAAAUGUUGCGAUAAGCGAUACGGCGGCCCCACACCGCCGCAGUAUUACCCGCGUCAUGCCUCCCUUGCAACAUCGACAUGGUCAGCUCACCUCGUUUUCUUCUCUCAUCUAUCUCCUGAAUGUGAACAUAGGUUCUGCAAAGAUGGCAAUUAUUCCACGGUCCUUGCGUGGUCUGUUGCUAGUAUUUACUGUUUUGAUGAUUCUUUUACCGCCCAGCAAUGCGGUCCAGCCACAGGAACCGCUACGAGCUGCUAUAGAUGUGCCCAAGCGGGUGGCUGUCAUCGGAGCCGGUGCUGGGGGCUCUUUUGCUGCAUACGAGCUCCGCAAACUUGCGGAUGAGUUUGGGAUCCCACUCGACGUUACGGUCUACGAGCGUGCCUCAUACAUCGGAGGACGCUCGACAACAGUGAACGUAUUUGAUCAUCCGGCAUACCCAAUCGAAUUGGGGGCCUCAAUCUUCGUCAAGGUCAAUGAAAACCUGGUCAAUGCCUCGCGUGACCUGGGUCUUAUUGUCAGUGCUGCCGACCAUGCGCGGCCCCGGGAAUCCGAUGAAUCGAUCGGUAUUUGGGACGGCAAGCAGUUUGUGUUUAAUAUGAAGAACUCCUAUAGCUGGUGGAAUCUUGCUCGACUUUUCUGGCGAUAUGGAAUGGCUCCGCUACGCACGCAGAACCUGAUGAAGGACAUCGUGGGCAAGUUCCUGCGUCUAUACGAGGAGCCCCUCUUUCCGUUCCAGUCGCUGUCGGAGGCUGCCGCUGCGGUGGGCUUGCUUAACGCUACUGCGUCGACGGGUGAUGAGUUUCUUGCAAUGAAUUCGAUCCCCUCGUUAUUCUCUCGGGAGAUCAUUCAAGCAAGUACUCGCGUCAAUUAUGGCCAGAAUUUAGGCUUGAUUCACGGCUUAGAGUCAAUGGUCUGCAUGGCUACGGAUGGGGCUGUAUCCAUCGAUGGUGGAAAUUGGCGAAUCUUUGACGGCGCUGUCAAAGCUGCAAAGGCCGAUAUCAGAUUGGAUACUACCGUCACUGGAAUCGUCCGCAAUGAUGACCGGACUAUCCAGAUCACAUCGCACCCCAGUGCUAAGAGUGACUCUGCGCAGCAGAUUGAUGAGACAAAGUUCGAUGAAGUCAUCAUUGCUGGGCCCCUGCAGUAUUCUGGCAUUUCCAUAUCCCCGCCACUGGAGCACAUCCCAGACGAGAUUCCAUAUGUGAAGUUGCAUGUCACUCUUCUUGCUUCACCUCAUCGAAUCUCCCCAAAGUAUUUUGGACUUGACGGGAAGAAGGAUGAAGUUCCAGAAACUAUUCUCACAACACUUCCCGAGGGCCUGGAUCUAGGACAGAACCCGCACGGCGCCGGACCCGCUGAAUUCUGGAGCAUCAGUACACUGCAAACAGUGGAUUAUUCAACCGUCAAAGAUGGAGUGGUGCAGCAAGAGGUGCACUACGUGUACAAGAUAUUCUCACCCGAACGACCUACGGCCGAAUUCAUCGCGCAAAUAUUUGACAUUGACUAUCAACAUGACAGCGGCUCGGUAAUUACUCCGCAAGCCAACACCACCAUUGGCGAUCUGCCCAGGACGGAGAUUAGCUGGUUCCAUGAGAAGUUCUGGCAUCCCUAUCCGCUAUUGUACCCGAGAGUGACAUUUGAGGAGACUCUCCUAGCCCCCGGUGUCUGGUACACCAGUGGAAUCGAGAGCUUUAUCUCGACGAUGGAGACUAGCGCCCUGAUGGGCCGGAAUGUUGCCGCGCUCAUGGUACAGUCGUGGAAGAAGCAAGAGGAGAACAAAAGUGGCGCAUCAUCGAGCCUGAAGACGGAGCUCUGAAACAGGACCCGAAUCAUCGUUCUGCAUAGUGUUUCCAGCCAAAGUGUACAGGUUCCGUCUACGCCUUUCGUUCGAAAUGUAAAUGAAGUUGAAAUUGGACUUUGUCUACGCACCUGAAUCAUAAACAGCAUUCGAUUAUUUGACUCUCUGUAUAAACACAGUCUUUUCUUUUAUGCCUAAAAUCUCUCAAAUCUUCAGAUACCACAAAAGACAUGCAGUCAACGGAAGAUGUUUUCAUGUAGACUGUUAUAAUACGACAUAUGCCCCGACCUACUAGUCAAACAUACUAAAAAGACCAAAUAUGCUAGAAAGUUAUAUUCUAGCAUAUGCAGAGAGUAUAUUCGAAAUUAACCGGACGAAGAGCCAUACUCUCACUUCAAGCUCCAAACACAAAAAAUAGGAGUCGAGCCUUGAGCCCGAAGUCCUCCCAAAAGGCCAAGAACGCCCAAACCCGCUAGUGACGCGUAACUCCACUCGCGGCAGUGCAGAUAUCAAGAGACAGAGUGAUGCUAAUUACUCAACACUUUUGCAGCCAGGAUGGUAUAUUAGGUAAAAUAAUAUGUUGAAAGGGACCAUGGCAAAGGACAUGAUGGAAAAAAAAAAUUAUUACACCACUGGUUGAUACACCAAGCUCGUCCCCCCACAUAACACCUACACUCGUGAGUGUCGGUACAUCAGAAAAGAUAUAGGAGAAAGAUAAUACAGAAUUGAUCGUUCAGUCAAAAGAUGGGGGAACUUAUCCGCUGUAAUCCAGGGUGACGGCCAGACGGACUGCACCGGCAACCAGGUUACCACCGAUACCACCCUCGUCGGCGAGAUCAGCGGUGUAGGCAUUGUCGACGGUACCGGCACCAGUGGUAAUGGAGGAGCAAGUGCCGUCGGAGAGAGCACUGCAAAUCUUCAUACCCUGGACGGUGAGAUCGGCGUUCUGGGCCUGGAUAGCGGAAACAUCGAAACCGGACCAGCCAUCGUUGGCGGUAGAGCCGAAGUCGAAUUCACCCCAGGUGGAAGCGUAGCUACCGUAGGAAUUGAGGGGGAUGGAGCCCUUGGCGGCAGCCCAGCCACCCUGGGAGUCGGUGUCGAAGGCGUAGUACUUGGUAGCACCGGCAGCGAGGGUGAAGCUGUGGCAGGCAUUGCCGUACCAGCCGUCCAUCUUGCCAUCGGAGCCGAUCUUGUUCCAGAUCACGACCUUCCAUGCCUCAGUCUCGGAACCCGUGAAUUGAACGACGUACUUGUAGCUGCUGGCUUCGGAGCUGGAAACUUCCAGGAUGUUGCUACCGUAGGGGCUGCCGACGUUGCCGACGUAAGUAUCGCCCGAGCCGGAGGAUUCAGUAGCAGUACCGAAGCCGGUGGUACUGUACUCGCCGCUGGAGGGGACGGAUGUCCAGUCGGCACUGGCGCCAGACGAAGUCGUCGAGGCAGCAGUGGUGGAGGUGGACGAGGCGCUAGUAGAGGUAGAGACCUCGGUCGAGAUGGAAGUGGAAGUUGAAAUCGAAGUGGAAAUCGAAGUGGAAGUCGAAGUCGAGAUGGAAGUGGAAGUUGAGGUCGAAGUAGAGGUAGUCGAGAUCACAGUCGAGGUCGAAGUAGACGAGGGAAUGGACGUCGAGAUGGACGCCAGACUAGUCGAAGUCGACGAAUCACACGGGCAGACAUAGACGGUGUUGGUCGUAGUCAGAGUGAUAGUGCUGCCGGUAUCCUGACGACGAAGAUGGUCUUCAUGAAGGGCGUUGUGACCAUGGCGAGCCACAGCACUGCUGGUCAGGGCUGCCAGCAGCGUGAAAGACUUGGAGAAGUGCAUGAUUUCACUAGAAGAGAUGGAGUUGUUUCAAGACCAAAAAGGCACCACAAGUCUCGAAUUUCGCAAAGAGUCCUCUUGAGCGACGGAGACGCUGCAGGUCAAAUAUGUGUUUCAAAAGAGUGACUGUAUUAAAGAGCGGCACAGCGACUUCGCUGGAGAAAGAAUUGAACGAGCGUGCUGAAGAGAGAGAGCAAGAGAGCAAGAGGGCAAGAGGGUUAGGGGGAGGGGGCCAGACCUCAGUUUUAAUUUGGGUGUGGCCCCCCUCGACGGCGCUGGGAUAGCGAGGCGGGGGCUAUACGUACGCCAGGCGCUAACGAUGGGCUUGGAAGACGCAUGGCCAGCCCUAAGAUGGGGUUUUCGACAAACAUAAUUCUCACGAGAUUCUUAGUCGUUCCGG